AUGGCUCCGUCAAGAACGCAAAUUUCUUCGAAGGCUGCCCUUCCGUUCCGGACAGCCAACAAGGAGAAGCGGCGAUCUUUCCAUGUCAAGCAAAAGAAGGCCAGAGAUGCCAUCAGGCGGGACGAGCGCUUUCGGCGGAGACGAGAGGAAGAUAGAAACCCAAGAUUGCGGGAAGAACGGCAGGCUCGCAAUGUGCCGAUCACCCUUGAUAAGAAGCGGGUUUGGGAUGAGGUCAAUGCAGAUGAGGAGGAUGCGUUAGGUCUGAGUGUCGAUGUCGCGCGGCUGAAGCGCCAGAAGACCGCUGAAGAACAGGACGGCGCCGAGUCGGGAGCGUCUGGAGAGGAGGAGAGAUCAGACGAGGAAGACCACGCCGACGACGAUGAUGUCGAUAGCAUGCUUGACGAGGAUGAGGAUGCUUCGGAUGGGUCCGAAAUCGAGCUUUCAUCAAGCAAGCAGAAAGAACCACCUAAACCGCAGCAACCAAGAAGAGCAGCUAGUCCGUCAGGAUCAACCGCUAGUACAAGGCUCGACCUAACACCCGAAAACCUUGCGACUAAGUUCCCAACCCUCUUCACUCCGCACGCAGAGCCUAAAGUCCUCAUCACUACCUCCAUCAACAGCACACUUCAUGCGCAAGCUUCUAUCCUCACGACACUCUUCCCGAACAGCAGCUACGUGCGCCGCAGCGUUCACCGGUACGGUCACAAAUACUCGGUCCGCGAAAUAUCAAAGUUCGCCUCGAAUCGUGGCUUCAGCACCCUAGUAGUCCUCAACGAAGACCUUAAACGCCCGUCCGGUCUCACAGUAGUACAUCUACCCGAGGGACCAACUUUUCAUUUCAGUAUCAAGAACUGGAUCGAAGGAGCUAAGCUGCCUGGCCACGGCAACCCAACAAACCAUUUUCCGGAGCUCAUCCUAAAUAACUUCCGAACUCCUUUGGGUCUGCUCACAGCCCAUCUGUUCCGUACCAUGUUCCCUCCUCGGCCGGAACUGGAAGGUAGAACAGUAGUAACGCUCCAUAAUCAGCGCGACUACAUCUUUGUACGGCGGCAUCGAUACAUCUUCAGAGAUAAGCGGGCGACUGAAAAGAGUGUUGUAGACACGGACGGCAAGCCGAUGAAGGAUGUAGAGGAUAUCAGAACAGGCUUGCAGGAACUUGGGCCUAGGUUCACUCUCAAGUUGAGAAGGGUGGAUAGGGGGAUCCAGCGGAGCAGCGGCCAGGAGUGGGAAUGGAAAGCCGGGGAUGAGAAAGUGCGGACGAGGUUUCAGCUGUAA